AUGGACGAUGAGGCCGAAUCGUCUCGCGCACCGCAGCGCCAUGACGACAGCGCGCCCAGUUUGGCGGCCCUGGAGGCCCUGGAAGAUGCAAUAGCUCGACUCGAUGCAGCCGAGGAGCGUGAAAGAGAGAAACAGGUGCAACAGAGGCGGAUGGAUGCAAAGAGGAAGCGCAUCCAGAUGCUGGGCGAGCUGCUGCGUGACCUGGACAUGGUUGUCUACUUGGAACUUAUUACUCUCUACCAUCUAGAUUGCUCAUUCUUUUGGCUGGCAUUCAAGGCCUUUAUCCACGGCACGCUGCUUACCCCGAUUCCCGACACCGUGACGGUUACCCGGCCGCCAGACGAACCCAAGCCGUUCCUUCCGCUGCUCCUCUUCUCCUUUGGCGUAACCUUUCUCCUGCAUCUCACCUACCCGGCACCUGCAGCUGGCGAGGACACACGAGGCUAUCUUCAUGGCGGGUUGAUGAUUGACUUCAUCGGUCAGCAGGGCCCCACGAGCAAGUGGAAACUGGGCGCGCUCGAUAUAUGCAUACUGUUCCUGCAGCUCGUCAUGGUGUCAGUGCAUGUAAAGAGGCGGGAGCUUAAGAAGAAGCUAGCAAAGCUGGCAGCUGGUGGAGGAGGAGGAGGCGCAACGAACACCACCACCAACCGAGCAACGUCAGACUCGGCUACAACAGAAACGGCGGCAGCAACAGCAACAGUAGCGAAUGCCAAUGUGGGCCGCGGGCAGGAUGCCGAUGACGAGGAGCGAGGAGUGCUGCACCGAACCGACACGCUAUCGGACGUGGGUGCAGAAGCCGGGAGCGAAGACGACAUGCUGCUGGCCGAAUCCGAGUCGGGUCAUGCAGAUGCCAUGGAAAUGCUCAGCUCGGGCCAGUGCGUGAUUGGCGAGUUCACGCUGCUUGACACGCUGGUGGAGGAGAACAGGAACUACUCUGCAUAUCGGCUGACGCGAACGGAGAGCGGCAUGAACGAUAUGCCCGAGACUUUGCGGAGGCUCAACACUUUGCGCACCCGCUUCGGCGUUGGUCGUGGCUGA